UUCGUUCGACGUCACGUCCGGCCGCGCCGCUCUUCCGGCUGUCUCGCGCAUGUGUGGUCCUCUUUCCCACGCGGCAGGCGAAGAUGGCGGAUAUCCAGAAUGAAAGGGCCUACCAGAAACAGCCCACCAUCUUCCAGAACAAAAAGCGCGUUAUAGUUCCUGAAGGCAGCACCAAGGAGAAGCUCCCGCGUUACCACAGGAACAUUGGCUUGGGCUUCAAAACCCCGCGAGAGGCUAUUGAAGGCACUUACAUUGACAAAAAAUGCCCCUUUACUGGAAAUGUGCCCAUCAGAGGCCGUAUUCUAUCUGGUGUGGUGACCAAGAUGAAGAUGCAGAGGACCAUUGUCAUCAGACGUGACUACCUGCACUACAUCCACAAGUACAACCGUUUUGAGAAGAGGCACAAGAACAUGUCUGUCCACCUCUCUCCUUGCUUCAGGGAUGUGACGGUGGGCGACAUUGUCACAGUCGGAGAGUGUCGACCUCUCAGCAAGACGGUGAGGUUCAACGUUCUGAAGGUCACAAAAGCAGCAGGAGCCAAGAAACAGUUCCAGAAGUUUUAGGACUGAUCAGCAAACAGUUUCUGCUCUCAGCUGUAUUGUCAUUGUGUUUGAAAAAAAAUUAAAUCUGUUCGGUCAA